AUGGAAUAUUUCUUAUCGCACGUUUUCCCGAGCGUGAGACCGAGGUGGAUAUGUCCGUGGAGCUUGGCACCAGCAACUGUGGGCAUUCUGGCCCGCCAAGUAGAUAAGCCUUCCGUCCGACGUUUCCCCGUCGCGAAGCUUGCCCGCGUCCAGGGCGCCCACCCAGUCAGUGCCGAGCAACUUCCAUCCACUUUUGCGCAGUACCUACCUAGGUUUUCGACAAGCAGCCAAGCACUUGCAGAGCCUUCAAGGGUCGUACUCUCGACUCCAGAUUCCCUACGUCACCCAGCAACACCCUUCUGGCUUCAAUAUCCUACCUACCUGCUGGAGUGCUCCUCAGGCGCAACACAGCUGACGGGCAAUCCCACAGGUGCGGGUUCCGUUGCUUGGCUCAGUCCCGGUACAAAGGUCUUCAUGUCUCACGACAUCCACCCCGAAGCCAACAUGCACUCGACCUCUUGGCCAAGUCGCUGCCCCCAGACCGAGACUCCAUAA